GAGUUCAUCGAUUGGCCGUCAACUGCAAUUACAUAACACUUCUAUAUCGGUUUGUAUACACUAUACCAACGUCACUGAAUCUGGUCUAUACCGUCUACAACGGAUAUCCGCCUCUGAAUUUGUAUAAUCCAUUUGUGGACUGGCAUAAGGAUACGCGCAGCCUUUGGAUCGCAGCACUUUACGAAUAUUUCAUACAGUUCAUUGCGAUCCAUGCCUUUAUAGUAAUGGAUAGUACGCCUCUGAUAUUCGGGUUGACUGUGCGAUCCUAUACACAAUGGCUGACAGAGCGGGUCGAAAGAUUGCGCAAUAAUCCCAAAAGAACUGAGGAUGAGAACUACCAGGAACUUGUUCAAUGCAUCAAGGAUCAUCAACUUAUUUUGGAUUACAGCGAGAAUAUGCGUCCUCUGAUCUCCCGUGCGUUGUUUGUUCAGUAUGCCACAGCAUCCUUGGUGAUGGCUGCAACGCUCGUUCAUUUGGUGGCUUUUGCGGAUAUGGUCUCGGGCAUUACAACGACGAUUUAUAUGAUAUCUAGUAUGUUUCAAACUUUCCCAUUUUCGUACAUCUGUGAGCAGAUAGUUGAAGACUGUGAACUACUAUCCAUGGCUAUAUUUCAUUCGAAUUGGAUCGGUGCGCCUACCGCCUACACUUCGGCCCUUAAAAUUGGCUUUGCCAGUGCCAUUGCUUGGCAUGCCAGCGACCUUAUAAGGCCUGGACUGGAGCAACCCUAG